AUGUCAGAACUGAAGCAUCUUGCCUAUGCAAUUAUUGACUUUCUGCGUGAGCAGACAAAGUCUCAGGCUUGGACUUCUGAUGAACGGGAAAGCUUAGAAGUUGCUAUACAGUGUUUGGAAAAUGUCUUCAAAAUAAGUUCCCAGGAUAUCGAUCUAGCCGUCUCACCACCUCUAAUGGAGAUAUUUUCUGCAGCAAUUACUAAGGUUGACUUUACUCCAUCUGCACAAGAUGUAAUUAGAGCUGAACAGUUGAAAAAUGAAGGCAACAACUAUAUAAAAGAGGAGAAUUACAGGGCUGCUGUAGACUCUUAUACUCAAGCAAUUGAAUUGGAUCCAAAUAGUGCAGUUUACUUUUGUAACCGGGCUGCUGCUCAGAGCAAACUUAAUAAUUACACUGCAGCAAUAGAGGAUUGCAAGAGGGCAAUAGCCAUUGACCCAGACUAUAGCAAAGCUUAUGGAAGGAUGGGUUUAGCAUUGACUUCUUUGAAUAAGCAUUCAGAAGCAAUCACCUAUUACAAAAAGGCUGUAGAAUUGGACCCUGAAAAUGGAACUUUCAAAUCAAACCUGAGAGUGGCAGAACAGAAAAUAGGAGAAGCAUCAAGUCCAACAGGCGCUGGUUUGGGAUUUGAUUUAGCAAGUUUACUGAAUAAUCCAAGUUUUGUAAGUAUGGCUGCAAGCUUGAUGCAGAACCCCCAAUUACAACAACUAAUGUCAGGAAUGAUGUCUAAUGCAAUUAGUGGUCCUGCAGCAGGAGUAGGAGGUCUGACAGAUAUGGGCAGCCUAAUACAAGCAGGACAGCAGUUUGCACAGCAGAUGCAGGAAGAGAAUCCAGAGCUAAUAGAACAGUUGAGGAACCAGAUCCGAACCCGAUCAUUCAGUGGCAGCAAUGAAGAUCACUCAUGAUGUGCAGUGGGAAUACAUAC